AUGGAACCUAGCACACCUAAUUACAACAUUAAUAAUCAUAACCAUUUAUUUUCUUCAUUCGACUCAAAUAAAUCCUUAGGAGAAAAUUAAUUUAAUUUAUUAGAUGACAUCUCUUGUUUCACCUCUAAUUCUACAUAAAACAACUUAAUGAUUGAGUCUUCUUAACUUGGUGAAGAGACUGUUACUGAAGAAAAUAUGGCUGUCCUCCGUAGUAUUCUACAAAAUUCUGAAGAAGUAUAAUUUGACAGUGAAAUGGAGGAUAGAAUUUUCAGCUGGCUAGAUUUAAUGAACAUUCACAUAACUUAGCCUUCCAACUAAAGAAGAAAAACUGCUAAUUUUAAUUUGCUUGGCAGAUAAAAAAGUUCUCUUCUCACAAAGAGAAAAUAAUCUACCAUGAAUUGA